AUGCCAGAGAAUCCGAUUGAAAUCGAUUACAAUAAGAAUGUCUGUCAAAUUCGAUUGAUCACAAGACCAAUGAAUUAUUCCGAUCGAAUGAAAGUGGAAAAUGGCUAUCAAAUUAUCAUAUUCAAAGAAACAGAAAACACAUUUCAGAUCUAUUUUCGUGAUCAAAAUCAUGGUGAAAUACUAAAUCGACUAUUGGAAGAAAAGUUAGUUGAAAUCUUACCGAAGUUGGAAUACGAUCAAGAAAUCGUUUUAUCCAAAGAAGAAGAUAAACGAACCUAUCAAAUGAUUUAUGAACAAGUUCAACUCAAUCAUGGUUUUACCAAAUAUUCAUUCAAACAAAUUCAAUCAUUCGAAAAAUCUAGAGAAAUGUUCCAGGAAAAAUUAACUGAAUUGAACAAAUAUUUACUGAUGAAAUUUAAAGAAGUGUUGGAGAAAAAACUAACUGAACUGAAUGAAGAUUUACUGGUAAAAUUUAAAGAAGUGUGCGAGGAAAAAGUAACUGAACAGGACAAAGAUCUACUGACGGAAUUUAAAGAAGUGUACGAGAAAAAAUUAACUGAAUUGAACAAAGAUGUAUUGGCGAAAUUUAAAGAAGUGUACGAGAAAAAAUUAACUGAUUUGCACAAAGAUCUACUAAUGAAAUUUAAAGAAGAGUGUGAGGAAAUAUUAACUAAAUUGAAAAAAGAUCUGCUGACGAAAUUUGAAGAAGUGUUCGAGGAAAAAUUGACUGAACUGAACAAAGAUCUACUGCCGAAAUUUAAAGAAUACAUCGACAAUGAAAUCAAGUUGAUUUUGGAUUCUCAAUUGCCUGAAUUCUGGUCAUUGAGACUGUCACCUAUUUUAAAUAAUCUCAAGAUAACCUUGGAAAUCGAAGAGAAAUUUCCCGACGAUUUCACUUUGACAUCAUUAGACUCGAUCAAACAAUCAGAUUUAACAACAUCGGAUCCAUUCGAAAUCUUGAACAAAAUUAUUGAAAAUUUGUUAUCGAAGAACAAACAAAAUGCUUUUCUUGAUUUCUAUCGAUGUUUAUCGAUCUUCGAUGACUUGUUGACAAAAAUCUUCAAUGGUGAAUUCGAAGGUUCAAUCAAUGAUCUUUCAAAAGAUUUAUCGAGCAAAUUCAUGAAAAUGUCUCAAUUCUUUCUUGAUUACUUAGAAAAAUAUUCCUUGAUUACAAUCAGUGGUGUGAGGAAUAUCAACUAUAACGGAACGGACGAUCAUAUCAAACAAAUCUUGAACAAACUGAAAACAAGCUAUCAAAAUUUAGAAAAAUGUCCAUUGAAAAAAGUAUCUACUGACGAGUUAAGAACUAAUGAUCACUUUCAAGAUGAAAUUCUAUUUGCUCAACAUGAUGCUAAGAAAUUUCAAGUGAAGUAUCGUACAUUAAUCGGCAAGAAAAUCGACUAUUUCAUUGUCAAUGAAGAUGAGAAUAAAGUUCUGUUCGAUUUAUUAAAGCGACAAAUCAAUGACAAUACUGCAUCCGAUGACGACGAUGAACUUUAUUCAUUAAUCAAAUCGAAAAAUGGCUUGAUCUAUAAGAACCAAUUUUUAUUCGAUGAAGAGAUUUUGGUCGAAAUCUUUUUCAAGCGAAUUAUGAAUAAUGUGGACAAAAUUCCAAUCAAUAUUGUCAAUGAUUAUUUGUCCUCAUUUGAGCUAAUUCUGAAAAAUUCCAAACUCAAUUUUGAUCUUUUAGUUCUCUUCGACGAAUAUUUUCGAAAUCAAUUCGAGAAAAUCAAGAACGACGAAUUGAAAGAAUUAUUUGAACCAUUGAUUAUUUUAAUUAACGAACAAUAUGAGAAUCUAAUCAAGAAGAUCAAAGUUGGUUUCACUUGUCUGAUGUUUUAUGUCGAACAAAAGAAUCGAAUUUUAAAUGUCACUUGGAAAUAUUUAAUAAAUCAUCGUCAAAAUAAAGGCCCUCAGUCAAUCACAUUGGAAAAAAAUCAAUUGCAUCGAAUUUUCGAUGAAAUUCAAACAAUAUUCGAAUGCAAUCAAUUUCAACUAAAAGAUCUGAUCGAUUGCUAUCAAACGUUAAACAAAUCAUUCAUCCAACGACCUUUUAUUUCUCUUCAAACUUUUGAAAAUCAACUGAAAAUUUUACAAUUCAAAGCUCGAAUUUUUGUUCAAAAUAUUGAUUUCGUCAAAAAUUGUCCGAUCAAGGAUCUAUUCAUUGAGCUCAACAAUCAUUUGAAUAAAAAUCAAACGAUCAAUCAUACGUUGAUCUUUGAUUUACUGAGCAAUGUUCUCAAACAGCAACAAUCAUUUGAUCCGUUGCAUUAUGAAUCGACAAUGAAGAAAAUCUUAUUGAAUCUCCGAAUAAAUCACGAAGAAUUCAAUUUGGAAUUUCUAUCUAAAAUUGAAAAGAAAGUGAAGAUCAACGAAAAAUCUCUUUCAAGGAAAAAAGAUUAUUUAAGUUGGAUUAUCGAACGAAUCGAAACUGAAGCGAUGAACAGAUACAAUCAACAAUUAGACAAAUACAAAGAGAAACGAAAACAAAUUAAUCAUUUAAUGCAAGAAAUAAUCGAUUUAUUUUGGUCAAAUAUAUCGAUGAGUGAUUUAUUGAACAAAGAACGAGAAAAAAUCUAUUUACAUUUAAAUAUUGAAAAAUUACUGCAAUUAUCGAACGAAGAUCCACAAAGUAUUCUCAAUGGUUUAUUAACCAAGAUGAAAGAACUGCAGACUAAUUCAAAUAAAAAACAGUUUACGAAUAAAAUGCACCAAUAUUUGAAUAAGGAAAUCAAUCAACAAUUAAAUUCAAGUCAAUAUAAAAUCGUUGUGCCUAUUGAAUGGACAACGGAAAUUCAAAGCAAAAUUUCAAAUAUAUUGAGAGCUAAUUAUACCAUUGAGAAUAGUGAAAUGAUUCUAGAUGAACUAUCAAUUUUAUUUGAAAUAUCGAUCAGCUACUUCGAAGAUAAAUCUGUUUUCGAUAAAUUUUGUCAAAGUUACGCAAAACUAUUCAAAUAUUUCAGCUGGAGAUUACAUGAAUAUCAACCGAAAAGCAGACGGCAAACCAUCGACCAAGCAAUUCAACGAUUCUCUUCAUCGAUGAAAAAAUUUAAAAUGAAACUGGAUCAUUUAUCAAUUGACAAAAUACAAAGAAUUUUAGAUGCAAGAGUUAAAGAAUACAAAGAAUUUUGUCAAUUUGAAACAUUCUACUAUUUACGAACUCAUGACAAUCAACUUCAACAAGAAUUGAAUUAUUUACAAAGCGAAAAUCAAGUCGAAUCAAUAUCAGCCGAUCAGAUGCGCCAUUAUUGGUCGAAAAAAUUACAACAAUCGAUGUUCAAAGACGAUAAUCAAUCGAUCACAAAACUCGCAAACGAGAUUUUUCAAACUAUCAACGAGAAAAUUUUCACCGAAAAAGUCCAAUUCGAUAAAGAAACGGAAUCAACGCAUGCAAAUGAUGCAUCGCUCAUUGAAGAACAACUACCAGAACUUAGAAAGGAAGACAAAGCGAAGAUCAAAAUCAAUCUCGAAGAUCAAAUUCGUGCAUUGAAACAUAUUUCAGAGGACGUCAUUCGACAAGAAGAGAAAUGGGAAAACAGGAUAAAAUUAAUUCAAUAUUUCGAGAAAAUCAAAACGAAGCUGAUUGAGGAUUAUUUCAAAUCCAUCUACGAACAACAAUCAGACAAAUCAACUGAUUACCAAACAUUCCGAAAUUCAACAAACACAAAGAACGUCGAGGAAAUUCUCACUGAAACCGAUGUCGACGAAUGGAAUCGACAAAUUGAUGAUUUCAAAGUGUAUCAAUUCACAAUCGAUCUACUCAAAAUUUAUGAAUUGAAUGUUGAUGUUCUACAACAACAAUACGAUUUCAUUGAAAAAUCGAUGGGCGAACAACAGGAUGACGAAUCGAUCAAAAAUAAAUGGUCAACGGAAGUGAAAGAAAACGAGGAUCUCAUGAAUAUCGUUGAGUUUAUCCAAAAAUAUUCGACAAAAACUUCGCAUAUAGGUGAUUAUCAAACAAGUUUAGAACAUUUAACAAUACAAUUCAUCAACGAUAUAAAAGCCAUUCACGACAUCAAAAGCUCCGUUGAUGCUUUACACUUUUUUAAUGGAUUCGAACGUUUUGAAAAAAUGGCAGAAAUUUUCAAACGAAAAUUCUUCAGUUCAUCGAAAUCAAAAAAAAUUCCGUUGCACAAAGUAUCGGAUUUCUUCUAUUUAAUUUCGAAUGUCAAUGAUUUUCAAUUAGCGUUGGAUUUGAUCGAAAAUUCAAAAAUCGAUAAUUGGCUUUUGUAUUUAAAUGUGAUGAAAAUUCAAUUCGAUUUGAAUAGUUUAUUUCAUCGAUAUUUAGACGAGUUGGAUUUAAAUCAUUUAAUCGUAGAAAAUCUUGAUCAUCUAGAUGAAUCGAUCGAAAUCAAAUACAACGAAAUUGCCAAACAAUAUCAAACGUCAUUGAACACCAUCUCCAAUACAAUAAAAUCAAUCGAAUUGAAUCCAAAUCUGAAACCAAACGAAAAGGAAAUGUUCUUCGAAUUUCUACGAAUACAAUUCUCUUUAGAAUUGAAGAAACCAGCGAACAAUUUAAUCCAUCCGAAUGAUUUAGAGAAAUUCUUCAAUAAAUAUUUAAUUAAAUUCAAAAUUCUCAAGAAAGUAAUCAGUUCUUUAAACAAUACAUCAAUGGAUUUCAAUGAUCAACUGAUAAUCGGACAGAUUCGUCUCAAAUCUUUGAACAAUCUUCUCCGAUAUCUAACUCGAUUUUGGAUCAUUGAACAACUAGAACUGGAUCGAAAGGUUCGAGAAAAUGAAGUAAUACAAAUCAUUCAAUAUCUAGAAUUGAUUGAAACAUCGUAUUCCGAAGAGAAAAUGCGUCUACUGAUUGGUUUGGUUCAGAUGACGUGCAAAGAUGAAUCAAUCAUUCCACAAAUAGUGAUCGAUUUAUUGAUGAAUAUUUCCAAUAACGAAUGGGAUUUUGACUUGAAAAUCAGUCAAAUAAUGGAAACGACGGAGAUGAGUGAAUGGGAAAAGAAGAUCGAACAUUAUAUGAAAGAAAAACGAUCGAAAAUGCGUGAUCUAAAGGAAUUAAUUCAUUUGAUGCGUCAGGACAAAAACAAUUUGAAUCAAUCGAUCAAAGACUAUUUGAAUUCUCCAAAAAUUCUCGAGGAUUUAGAAUCGUUGUUCAAGAAAUUAAAUCAUCACUUAGACGAUGACAUCAAGAAACCAGUUCGAGAUUGGGAUAACACUGAUAUUGCACGCUGGGCGACCAAAAUGAAAGGAAACCAAUUGUUAUCAAACAAAGAAAGCGUCCAGAAUGCAAUCCUGAUCGUUAGUCAAGGCAUUCAUCUGUUUACCGGCAAGAAAUUUCGUCUGCGAGAAACACAAAUCAUUGCUCUAUGGUUGUACUUAAAUCCGGAUUUAAACAAAACCAAUGUCGGAUGUUUAGGACAAAUUUCAACGGGCGAAGGUAAAUCGGUAAUCGUCGCAGCUUUGGCUGCAAUCAAAGCGUUGAGUGUCCAUCGAGUCGAUAUCAUCACAAGCUCGAGUGUUUUAGCGAUUCGAGAUGCGAAAGAAUUUCGUCUGUUUUAUCAAAUGUUUCAUCUACAAGUUUCGAACAAUUGUGAUUCAUUGUGCGAACAAGGCGAUGGACAACGUUCAGCGGAAGAGAUUCGAAAAUCAAGAUACUACAAUAAUUUUGGACCAGUCGAUAUUAUCUACGGCGAAUGUUCGUGUUUUGAACGUGAUAUUCUACUAACUGAAUUCCAUAAAAACGAUCCAACGCAAAAUAUCGUUAGUAACCGAUUAACAGAGAACAGUGUUUGUACUGUGAUCAUUGAUGAAGUCGAUUCAAUGCUAUUAGACAAAGCCGGAAUGGUUCUUUAUUUGUCGCACAAUAUCGACACAUUGAAGACUUUUGAAAAAAUAUUCAUUUCAAUUUGGCAAACGGUUAAUCAGCCGACAUUUGACCAAAUAAAUAAAACUUUGAUGGAUGAUGAUUUGAUUCAAGCCGUUUCAGAAAUCAUUCUUGAACAAAUCGAACACAAAGUCAUCGAAAUACCUGAAUAUGAUUCAAACAAUUGUGAUUAUAUCAAUAUGAAAAUGUUCGUCAAACGACGAAUGUCUGUAUGGAUCAGAAGUGCCUUUCAUGUGAAGGAAAUGAUUCCCAAUGAUGCCUACAUUGUCACAAAGGAUGCUUCAGAGAAUUCAUCGAAAUCCGAAGUGAAGAUAACGGUGAUGGAUAAAGAUACGGGCACUGAACAGUUAUCAACACGAUGGAGUAACGGUGUUCAUCAAUUUUUACAAUUGAAACAUACAAGACGCUUGACACCUGAAUCACUCAAAGCUGUUUUCAUGUCAAACAUGUCGUUUUUCAAACGCUACAAACACAACAUCGUCGGUUUGACGGGUUCAUUAGGCUCGAGCGACGAGCAAAAUCUUUUAAACAAAGUCUAUCAACUUCGGUUUUUUGAAUUGCCAAGAUAUAAAUCGGAAUUGUUUCGAGAACUGACCGGCAGUGUUCAUACGGACCAAAAUACGCGGCUUGAAGCAAUCAAAAAUGCGUUGAAUAGAGAAAUACAGUUGAAAUCAAUCAAUGGAGACCGGCGACGAGCAGUUUUAAUCAUCUCGGAAAAUGUCAAAAGUGUUUUAAUUUUAAAAGAAUACCUAGCCAACUCAUAUCCCAAUGCCAAAGUCUAUAAAAGUGCCUAUGAAAAAUUUCAAAUCGAUCAAUUACAUCCCGGUGAUGUAAUCAUUGCGACGAACUUGGCUGGUCGAGGUACUGAUUUAGAUACGUCGAGGACAUUAGAAGACAAUGGUGGUCUCCAUGUCAUUGUAACCUAUUUACCAACAAAUAUUCGAAUUGAAAUGCAAGCUUUCGGUCGAACAGCUCGAAAAGGGAACAAAGGAACGGGUGAAUAUAUCAUCUUGAAUCGGCUCGGUCUAUCAAUUCAACAAUUGAAGCAAUGGAGAAAUCUUCAGGAAAAAGAACGAUUGGAGACAUUUUUAACACACGAUUUACCGAAAAUCAAAAUCGAAGAAGAUCUAUUACACGGCUUCGAUGAUGGUGAAGUGUCUUGCAUUGGAUUUGGUACAUUGUAUCAAAAAAUUGAAGAAAAAUUCUUGUCAAAUUCGAGUCGAUUUUACUAUGGCAGUGAAUAUGUUCAAUAUCAAUUGAAUAGUCUGAAAAAUCGAUGGGCAUUCUGGUUGGAUUCGAUGACUGAACAGAUCAAUAUGAUCAAUAUCAUUGGUACGAAGAAAAUCAUCGAACAAUUUCAUCAAUUUCAAUCGUCAAUUGAACGCGACUUGGCUCGAAACGCUUUUAAAUGCUUAAUGAUUGAACCAGCUGAACUGAUCAAAUUGGGAAAAUAUUAUCGAGACAACGAGGAUUGGUCGAAAGCGUCGAUGUGUUAUGAAGAAGCAAUGAAAGACAAAUUUUAUUCAUUCGCCAAUUACUAUCGAAGUUCAUGUAUACAAAACAUCAACUAUGGUCAAGGCAUUUCGAGUAAACGCCAAUUUAAACGCAGUUUAAAUCAACUCAAGUUAUCGAUCGACAAAGAAAUGAGUUUUCUUCAAAAUGCAGCACAAAUUGUGUUCGAAAUCGAUGAAAAAAAUCGACAAUUAGGUUUUGCCAAUUAUGGAAAUGAAUAUGACAAACAAGUAAAAGAAAAACUUACAAUUUGGAAUAUAUUUUCUGCUACAAUAUUCAAUGUCAAUGGCACUUCGAUCGACUGGAAAGAUUUGACAACUGUCAAAUAUCUUUGCGAUGAAAACAAGGCCAAGAAGUUAUUCAAACAAUUACAAGAGAAAAAGUUGAUCAAACCAACACGGAUUUCAUACAAAUUCAAAGAACAAGUAGAAUUGCCGUCGAUAUUUAAUAAUAAAACGACGAAGGACAAAUUAUGUUCUUAUCUCAAACAAAAAUUAGAAGAAAGAAAGAAACCCGGUAGACAUUUAAACGAGUUGAGUUAUGAAAUGUUCAAAAAUGAUUUGAUAGAAUUGGAAAUAUUUUUACCGUGUUUGCCGCACUUUAUCAAGUUAAUUCAGGAAAAUGGUUUUGUUCAACCAAUCGCCACUCAAGAAGAAGAUCGAUUACUUAUUUUAAAACGGUUCGUCGAAGAAGAACUGAUGGAAAAAUCUUUUCCAACAGCAAAAGACAAUCUUAAAGGUACUUUAUUUGAAUGUUUAAAAGAAAUGUCGAAUGAAAAACUUUUCAAAGGGAAGAAAACGGAAUUUUUUGAUGAAAUUAAACGCUUAUUCAAAUUAAAAAAUCAAACACAUUUAUCAGAAAAUGAGCUCGAUAAAUUCUAUGAAUUUUUACAAGGAAAAUCGCUUAUCGAAUCAAUCGAUCAAUAUUCAGUUAUCAAAGAGAAAAUUGUAAGAAAGAACAAAGAAAUCAAAAACGAUUAUUGUUAUGCAAAUCUCUAUGAUUUCGAGCGAUAUUAUACCGACGAAUUUCAACAAUUCGACUUAAUAUUUCGAAAGAAUUUUCUUAGAGCAAUUCUAAUUGAACAAGAAUUUGAUACGGAUAUAUCGUGUUUUGCAUUGAGAGACACGGUUGAUUCAACUAAUUUUGAAUUAUUUACAACACAGGACGAGGCUAUUGAUUAUCUAUGGAAUUAUUUACGAGCAAAUUCAUUGAUCAAAUCACCGAGUGUGAACAUUGGUUGGAUUGAUUCUGAUGAAGUGAAGACGAAACUCGAGGAUAUUAGAAGAGAAAUUCGAUGGUUUUUGAAGGAUGAAUGGAAAAACGAAUUAGAAGAAGCGGUUAAUUCAGUUUAUAAUAUUAUCGAUCAAACCGUUGGUGAAAUUAAAAAAUUACCUACGGACAAAACAAUUGCAAGUUAUUUAGAAAUCAAAACAAAUUAUUUUCUCAAUCAGAAAAAACACGUUCCAGAGGCAUUAGAUGAAUUCAUUGAAUUAGCAUUCGAUGUUAUUUUUCAAUUACAAGAGAAAAAGGAACCACCGAAAUGGUACGAAAUCGCUGCUGUUAUUGCCUUAGGUGUCGUGCAAGUUGUUGCUGGCGUCAUGGCGAAAAUGUUUAUUCCAGUUGCUGGACAAUUGAUUGGCGAAUUUCUUAUUAGUACAGGUUGUGAUGAUAUUCUGUUCGGUGUUCGAUGUGCCAUUGCAGGUGAUUUCAGUUGGGAAAAAUAUUGGCAACAUAAAAAACAAAGUAUGCUAACAAGUGCGUUAACAUCUGUUGUGUUUGUCGGUGUAUCGUUUUUGAAAAAUAGUAAGAAAUUAGAAAGCGUUCGAAAGGCUUUUGGUUAUCAAAAGUUAACUGGUGCAAAAAAACUACAUACAGCAGCGACAAAGUUGGGGAAAACAGCGAAUAUCAGCAAAUAUGUUGGAAAAGAAAUAGUGAAAACAUUAGCUCAAACUGGUUUAUCCGAAUUAGCAUCGAUGGGCAUUGAUUCUAUGUUGGAGAAUAUAUCUGAAUUUUACGAAAAACAAUUGACUCAAUCGAUUCGAGAUUCGAUCAAUGAAAAAUGGAAUACAAUUGCAUCGGAAAUGAAAGAAAUAUUUCGACUUUGUGAAGGAAAAGAUCAAUCAUUAGCAAUUAUUAACGAUGUAUCAAUCGAAAAUUACAAAAUCUACCCGAAGAAAAAUUUCUCCGAAAUCUUACAAGUCUUUGUGGUCCAGUCAUGCAAGGUUUAG